AUGGAUCGAGAGCAAUCGAUGACAGUAUUGGUAACUGGUGGAACAGGUCUUGUGGGACGCUCCAUUGAAAAGAUAAUAACAACUGAAGAAGCACGACCAAAUGAAACCUGGAUAUUCGUUGGACGAAAUGAUUGUGAUUUAACAGAUAUUGAAGCUACAAGAAAGUUAUUCAUGAAGUGCAGACCUUCUCACGUGAUUCAUUUAGCGGCUAUGGUUGGCGGUCUUUUCCACAAUCUCCAUUGUAAUUUACAAUUUUUUCGGAAAAAUAUGCAAAUUAAUGACAAUGUACUGAUGGCAUGUAAUGAAUUCGAUGUUGUAAAAUGUAUAUCAUGUCUGUCAACAUGUGUCUUUCCUGAUAAAACUACGUAUCCAAUCGAUGAAACUAUGGUUCAUAAUGGUCCUCCUCAUAGCAGUAAUUUUGGUUAUUCAUAUGCAAAAAGAAUGAUCGAUGUACUUAAUAGAGGAUAUGCGCAAGAAUUUGGUCGGAAAUAUACAUCUGUAAUACCAUGUAAUGUGUUUGGACCGCAUGACAAUUAUAAUUUGAAAGAUGGACAUGUCAUCCCGGCUUUAAUUCACAAAACCUAUAUUGCGAAGCAUGAAGGAACACCCUUAGAGGUAUUUGGCAGUGGAACACCAUUGCGCCAGUUUAUUUACUCUCUAGAUUUGGCUCGACUUUUCAUUUGGGUCGCAAGAUCAUACGAAGAAAUUGAUCCAAUUAUAUUAUCAGUGGGAGAAGAAGACGAAGUAUCAAUUAUGGAUGCUGUUCAUGCCGUUGUCAGAGCCUUCGAUUUUAAAGGUGAAAUAGUGCAUGACAAAACAAAAGCUGAUGGACAAUAUAAGAAGACUGCAUCAAAUGCCAAAUUACGCAAAUACUUACCAAAUUUCAAAUUCACACCAUUCGAAAUAGCAAUUAAAGAAUCUGUUGAUUGGUUUAUCGACAAUUAUGAUAAUGCACGCAAAUAA